CUCUCGUGGACCAGAAGGGCCUCCAGACCAGCUAGGGCCGCGCGGCCGGCUGCAUCUCCAGCAUGACAGGGCCGGUGCAGGACGUGGCCACCAUGGGGCUGGCGCUGCAGCGCUUCGCCUGGCCGGACUACCUCGUGUUCGUGGCCAUGCUGGUGCUGUGCGCGGUCAUCGGCGUGUACUUCGGCUACUUCGCGCCCGGCCAGCACGACGAGGACGAGUACCUGAUGGGCGGCCGCAAGAUGCAGGUGCUGCCCAUCUCGCUGUCCCUGGUCGCGAGCUACAUCUCCGGCAUCACCCUGCUGGGCCUCCCCACCGAGGUGUACGUGUUCGGGGUGCAGCCCUUCUACGCCUUCGGGGGCAUGCUCAUGUGGCUGGCCGUCUUCAACUGGGCAGUGCUGCCCAUCUUCCACGACCUGCAGCUCAUGACGCUCUACCAGUAUUUGCAGAUGCGGUUCGACCGUCGAGUCCGGCUGUUCGGCUCGGUUUUCUUCACCAUUUCUCUGUUGACGUGGCUUCCCAUCGUCAUCUACGUCCCGGCGUUGGCUUUCAAUCAAGUGACUGGCAUCAAUGUGCACAUAGUGACUCCGGCAGUCUGCAUCGUCUGCGUGUUUUACACCUGCGUGGGCGGCAUGAAGGCAGUAGUGUGGACCGACGUGGUGCAGACGGUGUCCAUGCUGCUGUGCAUCUUCCUCGUGGCCAUCCGGGGCACGUUCAACGUGGGCGGAGCCUCGGUGGUCUUCCAGCGGAAUCUCGAGUCCGGACGCAUCGAGCCGCCAGACUUCCGCCUGGACCCGUUCGUCCGGCUCACGUUCUGGGGGUACACGCUCGGCCAUUUCUUCUCGCAGAACGUGAGCUGCGGCCUGAGCCAGGCCAUGAUGCAGCGGUACCUCGCGCUGCCGGACAUCGGCAAGGCCAGGAGGGCGGCGGCCUUCUUCGUGCUGGGAUGCCUGCUUCUGUUCGCCGUGUGCACGUACUGUGGCCUGCUCAUCUUUGCCUCCUACCACGACUGCGACCCCGUCACCACCAAGCUGGCGCGCGCCAAGGACCAGGUGCUCCCACUGCUGGUCAUGGACACCCUCGGCAUGUACCCCGGGCUGCCCGGACUCUUCGUGGCCGGCGUCUUCAGCGCGGCGCUGAGCUCGCUGUCCACGGGGCUCAACUCGAUGGCGGCCGUGGUGGUGGAGGACUUCUGGCGGCCGCUGUCCAGGACGCCGCCGAGCGAGGCGAGCGUCAACAUGGUCAUGCGGCUGGUGGUGGUGGUGUUCGGCGUGGUGUGCGUCGGCCUGGUCUUCGUCGUGGAGAGGCUCGGCGUCGUCCUCCAGCUGUCCGGCAGCCUCAACUCUAUCUCCGCCGGCCCCGUGCUCGCCGUCUUCGUGGGGGGUGCCUUCAUGCCCUGGGUCAACGCCACGGGCUGCCUGGCGGGCGCGGGCGCGGGGCUGUCCUUCAUGGCGUGGCUGGUGCUGAGCGCGCAGCACGCCAUCGCCCGGGGCGACCUGCUCUUCCCGGAGAAGCCCGUGUCCGUCCAGGGGUGCACCUACUCGUUCAACGCCACCACGCCGCACGCCGUCCACGAGCCGCAAUUGCCGAUGUGGCUGUUCCGGGUGUCGUACCACUGGUACCCCGUGAUCGGCGUGGUCGUGUCCCUGGUGGUGGCCACCGCCGUGUCGCUCCUCUGCCGCUCCGAGGCCGCCGUCGACAGGAGGCUUUUCUCGCCCGCCAUCCGCCGAUUCCUGCACCCGCCCCCCAAGGCGGCGACCGACUUCGCCAAAGGAAUCAAAGAAUCCACGUUAUGACCCCGGCACUGCGAAUCUCUCCAAUAAACACUUCUCCUU